CACUGCCAAACCUGAGAUGCUUUAGGUGGGAGGGGCAAAGGUUUAUAAAGCUGCUCUCAGUGACAGAGGGGAACUAUUGCAUUGCUUGAAAAGACACAGAAACAAAUGGAAGAUUUGACAAUACAACAUGUUGACCUGGAAAUGUCUGAAAACCUGGAGAACCACAAGACAGAGGGCUUUGACAGCUCGGAUGCCCUGGUGGUGCGACGAGGAGCCCCGUUCAGGAUCACUCUGCAGCUACAGGGUCGACCUUUCAACCCCAGGACUGACUCUGUGAAGAUCAAAAUUAUGCUGGGCCGCCUGUAUGCAGUGAUGCCUGUGACUUUUUCAAAGACGGUUUCCUCCACCCGUUGGAAGGCCUACAUGGACCAAGAAGACCUGAACCUGCAGGAACCCUCCAUUUACAUCUCAUCUCCUGCAUCUGCUUCUGUGGGAUGUUACAAAUUCCAACUGUGUGUGUUCACUAAAAACAGCCAGAGGAGCUGCACGUUUGGAAAGUUCAUCCUGCUCUUUAACCCCUGGUGUCGUGAGGAUGGUGUGUAUAUUCCCUUUGAGGACCAGAGAGAGGAGUACAUCCUGAACGACUCUGGGUUGCUGUUUAUGGGGACAGCGAUGAACCUCGUGUCCAGACCUUGGUCCUUUGAUCAGUUUGAGCCUGGGAUUUUGGAAGCAUGCCUGAAUCUGCUCCAGGCCAGCCCUCAGCACCAGCAGAGCAGAAAAAUGGACCACCUGAACCGAAAUGACCCGGUUUACAUCAGCCGGGUGGUGUCUGCCAUGAUCAACUGUGAAGAUGACCGUGGAGUGCUGAAAGGGAAUUGGUCCGGUGAUUUCAAAGACGGUGUGAAUCCAUCCUCGUGGACAGGGAGCGGGGACAUCCUGAGACACUGGGUCCAGUCUGGUUACAGUCCAGUCAAGUAUGGGCAGUGCUGGGUGUUUGCAGCUGUCAUGUGCACAGUGAUGAGAGUUCUUGGCAUUCCUUGUCGCGUCGUCACAAACUUCAACUCUGCUCACGACACCAACAACAACCUGGUGAUUGAGGAGUUUUACAGCAACACAGGGAAGAAGCUGAAUCACAGCAGGGACAGUAUAUGGAACUUUCAUGUCUGGGUUGAGUGCUGGAUGACUCGACCGGAUCUGGGAUCUGAAAUGGAUGGCUGGCAGGUUCUGGAUCCAACCCCUCAGGAACGGAGCGGAGGAGUCUUCUGCUGCGGCCCUGCUCCAGUCAAAGCCAUCAUGGACCGUCGCAUUGACCUGAUUUUUGACGUUCCCUUCGUCUACGCUGAGGUCAACGCUGACGUUCACACGAUAAUAGUGAACGAGGGCAGGGUGGUUGGCGUCAACAAGGACACGGAGAAAGUUGGAUCCCUCAUCUGCACUAAAGCUGUGGGUUUUCCCAGAGUCCAGAACAUCACAGGAGACUACAAACACAUCAGAAGUCCGACACUUUCAUCAAGAAGGUCCCCAACACCAGAUUCAACUCUGAGGAGAGCAGGUUCAUCCAAUGGAGUGGUGGUCUUCCUGACCCUGGAAAAAGCUCCUGUUGCAGGGGAACCCAUCCACUUCACAGUAAAAGUCAUCAACAAGCAGAAUGUCACCAAACGGAUGAAGGUGCACUUCAACGCCCAAGCCAAAGAAUACAACCACAGCCCCUCAGACACCUUCUGGGAGAACCAUGGAGUUAUGCAACUGGCACCUAUGGAGGCUCAAAUGAUACACCAGCAGAUCCUACCGGCUCAGUAUGAAGAUGUGGUGGGAGACGACCUGAUCAACCUGGCAGUGGUGCUGGAGGACAUGGACACUCAGGAGCAGGCUCUGGCCUCAGAGGAGUUCAAUAUCGCUACCCCAGAGCUCAUCAUAGAGGUUGCAAAUGCAGAUUCCACUGUGGUUAACAAACAGCAGAUGGCCACGCUGACCUUCACCAACCCGUUUUCCCACCCAGUGAGUGGAAUCCUGUCUGUUUCUGGAGCCGGGCUCAUCCAGCACAAAGUUCAGUUCAGGAUGCCUUCCCUACGGCCUGGAGCAAGAGUAGAGCAGUCCAUCACAUUUGUGCCCAACAUGGUGGGAACCAAGAUGCUGCAGGCCAACCUGUCACUCACAAAUAUCAGGUCCACCAUCAGAGGCUUCAAAAUGGUCACCGUCAGAAGAGCUUAGAUCAGAGGUGUCAAACAUGCGGCCCAGGGGCCUAAUCUGGCCCGCCAAAGGGUCCAGUCCAGCCCGUGGGAUGAAUUUGUGAAACACAAAAAUUACGCUGAAGAUAUUAAUAAUCAUUGGUGU